AUGACCACAGAUAAGGAUUUUGACUGCCAUUCAGCCAUAUUGAUUGGUGAUACAUGUGAACUAGAUGAAAUCCAAGGGGAUGACCGGUCCGAUUUGGACAUCAAUGCAGCUCCCUAUCAGUUUCACCAAGGACAAGAUUUGACCUCCGAGGCUAUUCCAGAGAAUCGUAUUGGCCAUUUUUUCCCUGAAACCAAUUCAACCCAACAAUCUGAACCAGAUUUUGACUUGAAAAACUACAGCGCUAAAGAUGUUGACAACUGGGCCAGCACCCUGUCAGCAGAUGAAUUUGAGAACCUUCGAAUCAUGGGACCCGACACUAGAACCAAAUCCUUCCAACAAUAUGCAACUCUACACAUUGAUCAAUUGACUCGGCCGCAUUCCCCACUCAAUUCUUUACCUCCCCAAUCAAAUCAAGCACUCCAAAGCCAAAACAUCUACCCAACCACCAAUGAAAUCAGCAACCAUUGUAUUCCUUCACCUCAUGUUGAACAUCACCCUGAUCAAUUCAACCCUUUGAAUUACUAUGAACACUCCAACUACUGUGCCUCUGAUCUUGAUGAGAAUCCAGAGAACAAAUCAGUUUUAGAUGACAGCAGCUUUAAUGGUGUUUUUGACAACAGUGGUUUUGAUGAUGGUGAAUACAACAAUUGUGGUUUCGACAAUGGGAGAUUUGACGAUGGCAGUUUUGACAAUGGUGGUUUUGACGAUGGCGGAUUUGACAAUGGCGGAUUUGAAGAUGGCGGGUUUGAUGAUGGUGGUUUUGAUGAUGCUUAUUAUUAG